AUGGGCAGCCCCGAGCCCCCCGGGGGCGGCUACCUGCACCUGGCCGCCGUGGCCUCCCCCGUGGGCACCGCCCGCCUGCUGCAGCUGGCCUUUGGCUGCACCACCUUCAGCCUGGUGGCGCACCGGGGCGGCUUUGCGGGCGUGCAGGGCACCUUCUGCGUGGCCGCCUGGGUCUUCUGCUUCGCGCUCUCGGCGCUGGUGCUGGCCUGCGAGUUCACGCAGCUGCACGGCUGCCUGCGCCUGUCCUGGGGCAACUUCACGGCGGCCUUCGCCAUGCUGGCCACUCUGCUCACGGCCACGGCCGCCGUCGUCUACCCAGUCUUCUUCACCCGCUUGCGCUGCCCGGCCGAGCCUGAGGGCUGCACCGCUCGGGACUUCCGCCUGGCUGCCAGUGUCUUCGCCGGCCUGCUCUGCCUGGCCUAUGCCGCCGAGGUGGCCCUGACGCGGGCCCGACCCGGUCAGGUGGCCAGCUACAUGGCCACGGUGUCGGGGCUGCUCAAGGUCGUCCAGGCCUUCGUGGCCUGCAUCAUCUUCGGGGCGCUGCUUUAUGACAGUCGCUACACACGCUACGCGGCCACCCAGUGGUGUGUGGCCGUCUACAGCCUGUGCUUCCUGGUCACGGUGGCCGUGGUGGCCCUGAGCGUCAUGGGCUGCACGGGCGGCCUGGGCUGCCCCUUUGACCGCCUGGUGGUGGUGUACACCUUUGCAGCUGUGCUCCUGUAUCUCAGUGCCGCUGUCAUCUGGCCCGUCUUCUGCUUCGACCCCAAGUACGGCCAGCCCUGGCGACCGCUGGACUGUGCUCGGGGCCACUGCCCCUGGGACAGUCAGCUGGUGGUGGCCAUCUUCACCUACGUCAACCUGCUGCUCUACACUGUGGACCUGGCCUACUCCCAGAGGAUCCGCUUCGUGCCCGCCUUGUAG